AUGACUGGCCGCAGUUUUCUGUUUCUAGCCGUUUCUCUUAACUUUAUUUCUUGCGUGCAUUAUGCUCAUGCCGCAAGUUCACCGCAGUAUCUUUAUCAACUGCAGAAUGCCAAAUUCAGUAAACUUCGCGACAGUAAUUAUAAAUAUUAUGUGGUAGACCCCGAUGAUUCCAAAUUGACUGGUAGCCAACUGACCACUUUGAAUGGACAGGGAAAGGUUAUUUUGGCCUAUAUUUCAAUUGGCGAAGCAGAAACUUAUCGUGACUACUGGCAAUCGUCGUGGAAGCCGGGCAAGCCCGCGUUUUUGGAAAAAGAAAAUCUUGAGUGGGAAAACAACUAUAAAGUGAAAUUUUGGAUGCCAGAAUGGCAGACUAUCCUUCUGAAUUUUUCACGCACUCACAUUCUGCAAAAAGGAUACUCUGGAUUGUAUCUGGACAUUGUGGACGCGUACUAUUAUUUUGAAAAACAACGUCCGUCCGCCAAGAGGAAAGAUUUUCCACAAAAUGCCGUGGAGCUGUAUGAUAACACCGGGUAUCGCAAACUGAUGGACGGCUUUGGCGUUGAGUCCACGUGGAUGGAUGGCGACAAGCUAAAAUCGAGCCAGGAAGCGAACUACGUACUGAAAACCUUACGAAAAGCCAAACAGGAUGGAAAGGUUAUUCUCGCUGUCGAUUACCCGAAGAAGCAGAACAAUAUCUGCAAAUUUUAUCAGAAAUGCGGUGCGGAAGGAUUCGUGUGUGGAGCGUUCGAUCGAGAUCUUAAAGGAAAACUCCAGACAUGCAAUGCAUAG